CGCCACUAUCUCUUCUCCUGUUCCCCCGCUUAUCCAGGACUAAUAGGCUCUUAUCAGUUCCCACAGGUGCGCCAGAGUGCAGAGACGCCUCCACCCCGCCGCUGUUCUCAGUUUCUGCUUCGUCAACGGAAAGGAAACGACGAGGCAGCGAAGACGAGCAGCACAUCGGAGUCGCCGAUUUGAGAUCAAAACCAGUCAGACCUUCCGAGAUGCCUCACCAACGGGCACCAAGCGGCCCCCGCCUCGUUCCCUUCCUCCUCGUCGCCUUGUGCACGGUGGCCUUACUGCCGACGCUCGCCACGGCCACCAGAACCGAGACGAUAGAAUCCAACAAGUACGAAAUGAAGACUUUGACGGAGCCAUCAAUGAGGAUCUGCCUGGCGCUACUGGAGGGCGGCGCGGACUUCGACGCAAAGCUGAGGCUGGAAAUAGUUCCCAAAAGUGGAGCCGACAUUAUGUUCCUCUCAGGCAACGCGGACGUGACCAAGGAGCUUCUGCAGAAGGUGUCAGGGGCGUCUCAACUCCGCUACGAGUACACCACCGCCGACCAAAAGAUCGCCCUGAAGGUCACCCUGAACGGCGAUGAGCUGCCCUACACAUCCUACCAGGACAUCAGCAGCGCCCAAUACACGUUCAACCUCGUCAAGUUUUACAUUAGGGGCCACGUGGAGGUGACCUACGACUGUCCUGAAGUUGUCGCCACCACCCCCACCACCACCACCACUACUACCACCACCAUCACCCCCACCCCCACCACUCCCACCACCACCACCAAGGACUCGAACCCUGCUCCACCAACAACGCCUCGGCCCAACAAGACCCAAGGAGGCAAGAAUUCCACACUGGCCCAGCCUGCCGCCGCCCCGUCCAACCCCGAGGAAGACCAACGUACGGUUUCUGCGCUUCCCGGGGUGUCUACGGCGGCAGGAUCCAUGUCGACCCUGCUCAUCGUGCUGGUGGUGGUCGGGCUUCUGGUGCUGGUGCUGGUGGUCUCGGGCGUUGUCCUCUGGCGCCGCAAGAAACGCAGUAUGAGGCCAGAUCAAUUCCAUACUGCCGAAGUGACCCCUCUUGACCCUCCUGCCAACGUUGCAACAAUACAGGGCACAAACGUGGGCACAGAAUCCUUGUAUAACUCAGUGUAUCGUCCCACCACCACCGCAAACGGGUAAUCGCUCUGAAUUUGAAGCAGAAAAUGAGUUUGUUGGGUUCCAUCAACUUGUAUGCGGGUCAACGUACAUACAAAAACUGUCGGUCUUGGAGAGAAAAAAAAGUGCCACAUGACAGAAAAGACAGUUAUUUAGACUUUUUAAACAUAUCUCUGUGAAUCAGUAAUGGAUGUUUCCUAGAAUUAUAAGUAAUUAAAGAUUUGAAUAUUGGCACACAUCCUUCCCAUUAGUGUUGAUAUCAGGGGAAAACUCCUCCUAAAGAUCGCUGGCCUGGUGUGAGCGUCAAGAGGAGCACUGGCGAUCGUUCUUCACUUCACCAACAGCUCAGUUUGGCCUCAGCUCAGCCCUCCCGCGUGUAUCUGUUUUCAACGUCCUUUUGUAUUUCUUUUUGACUUCCCAUUCAUUAGUUUUUAGUAGUAGAAAUAUGUAUCCAUAGGUCGAUUAUAAACUAGUUCAGUUCAACCUCUAUGUUAAAAUGAUUAUCAACUGUGUACAUACCCAGCUUCACAAUCAAAGCACAUAUUUACAGACCACAAUAGUGAGCAAGUUAUUGAUGUAAGAAUGUUUACAAUACUUUGUCUACAUUUCCUUAUUCCAAUCCUUGAGAUCCUUAAAUGCAUUUUCUUAACAAGAUUUAUUUGGUAGUGUGGCAUUAUCUAUUUGUAAAUAUCACUGUGUUCAUUAUUAUUAAACUAUCAAGUUAACCGUCAAGUGUUUCCACGCAGACGCCUCGCCCUCCACCAAGGCCAUGAAGGUGACCGCUGCCGUACAGUCAGUCACGCUGCCAUUCACUCAUCCAAAAUUCCCGAAAGGUUUUCCUGAUCCCUCAUGACACCCGACACCACAAGUAGGUCUGGCAGCUUCAGAAACAAAUUACAUGAUAUAGGAGACUCAGACGUGCCAGACUCACUAAGGCUGAGUUCCACUCUAAGCCCCAUUCUCUGCAAUCUUAUCUGCUAAGCAAGGGGUAAGCAGAGCAGGAGACAAGUUUGACUUUGAAUAAUUUAUUUGGUAUACUACUGUAUAUCACUUGCUUCACAUUAAUAAAAGACAUAAAGGACAGCACUACCGAUAGAAAAAAAGAGGAAGUACAGAUUUUUUUGUGCAGGCAGCAGUGAGCAGCACACUCCUGCUGCAGGAAUCCCUUUGCUCUCCUCAGCUCAUCUUCCUUACACUCCUGAAGGCAGCUCUGCACCUGUCUGCUUCAUUUCAGUACACACACAGAAUCUAUAAAAGGUAACUGAAGCAAAUAGAUAUACAAGUAACAUCUGUAUUUGUGUUUGUAAUAUGGAUUUUGAAACUGUGUAACUGCAGGAAAACUGAAUGAAGAAUAGCAGGUGUGGAACACUGCUACGGCUGUUGCUCCGAGGCUGCCGUGCCACCCCGUUGUGCUGACUUGGCGACACCAAUCGGGUGUUCAGGAGUAAAAAGGUACAGCACUAAACACAAAUGUAACGGCAUAAGACUGACUGUAAAAAAAAUACCUAACUCUGAAAUGAUGGUCUUUUGGUUGAGAAUCAAGAUUUUGUGGCUGACUUGAGCAGCCAGUGUCAUAAUGAGUGAAGAUGAAAGUCAGUGAGUCAUACACAAAGUGGUACAACAUCAAACAGGCUUAACACUUAACACAAUAUGGAUGUGUAUGUAUAUAAUAUCUAUAUAUAUAGUUCUCUAAAAACACAUAUGCCUGAUGCCAAAGACAGCAUUCAUUCAAAAUGCUUUCAACUUAGUAUUGGCUAACAACACUGUCAGAUAGUAACAAGAUCCUCUCUCUAUCACCGCUUUAUACAGUAACUUUCUUUUCCCUCUCCUAAGGCCAUAGUGUGCUUCAGCAGCAGAAGAACUAUUCUUGCACAACUCAGAGCUCGGAGUUGAUGCCUCGGGUGGCAUUCUUUGUCAUGACACUGAAUAUCCUCUGUUCCCCAUGCCAUCUAUCCUCUGAACGGGGAGAAACGUCUACACUACAUACAAUAAGUUAGGCGAGUGACGAGAACGGGCGAGUGGGUGUACAAAAGGGCAACACCUGGAUGGACGUGACAGUACUGGUCCCUGUGGAGGCAAGGUACUGCAGGGCACGGAAGGCACGGGGUAAGGCGGGGAGUCUGCCAGCUAGGAGCGUCUCGGGGCCGGGGACGAGGCUCCUGGUUCACAGCCCCAGUGUUGCAGGGUCACGGUGUUUGCGACUGUGUCUGAAGAGUACUCCCCAGACACUCACACUGCUAAGAAACUGUCAAGUAUCCUUUCCUUUGCCACAAAUUUACACUAAAAUACAACCUGAAUAUGACUACAGUGAGGCUUGUGAACCAGGAAUACUCAUCAAGGCCACGCCAACCAACCUUUGUGAGUUAAAUACUGUAAAAUUUGGCCGAGUUUUAAAAAGCAUUAUGUUUCACUAAUAAACACUUAUCCCUUGUUAUCUUUGGCUAAUUCACAAUUCAUGAACAUAUUCUAUAAAACAAUCUGCCUCUAUCGUCUUGUAACAGCAAGGCGGGCACACACGUUCCUCUUAUCAGCGAGUUGCGUUCCGUGUUUUCCUCUCACUAGCUGGGGGUGUUGAGGUGCUUGGCUAGACAGGGUUGUGCUUAUGGGACGAGAAACACAUAUGGAUCACAGGAGUAAAGUCUGUAAAAGGUGACACAGUCUUUAGAAACAACUAC